ACAAUUAUAAGCCUAUAUUAAAUAUGUCAGAUUAUAAAAAUGUCUAAAAUGGUUGGUACAACACAGUUUAACAAUGAAAGGUUGGCGGAAGAAAUGCCAAUAUUUAAAAAGAUGCAAGUUAAUUUUACUCCAAAGCAUCCGCUUACUCAUCUAGUAGUCUCCAACAGUAAUAUAGUUAUGGCACUGGCUAAUCGAACUCUGAUCAGAAUAGAUCAGGAUUUGGCUCCUGAUGUUCUAGAGGAAAUAGAUCUGAAUAAGUUUCUUCCUGGAACAAAGAUAUCAAAUCUAUUUCUGGAUUCAACAGGAAAACAUUUACUGAUAAGCUUGAAAUCUACCGCUGAUGGACAGGCUGAGCUUGUUUACCUACCAAAGAAAAGUAUCAAACCAAGGAUCUGUGGCAAGGUCAAGGGGAAUCUGGUUUCUGCCGUUGCAUUUAGUCCCGAGAGUACAGGAGAGGGAAGUACAGGACCAGUACUGCUUGGUACAACCCUGGGUCUUAUUAUAGAAACUGAACUAUGUACAGACGAAAGGAUGUUCACAAAGGAACCAGAAAUAUAUUAUAAACAACUGUAUGAUAUAGGAAAAGGACAGCAUGUACCGGUUACUGGUCUAGAGUACCAUAAUGUACCCAAUACAACUAAAUACUACGUCAUCGCUACAACACCACAUAGGAUGUAUCAACUACAGGGAUAUGUUAGUAACAGCUCAGAAAGACCACUUCUUCACCAUGUUUUUAAUAAUUAUCUGAAUAAAGCUGCAAGGUUUCUUGAGUUCCCUAGCUCCCUGAAAUACUCCACUCUCUCUAUGUUCUACUCCCAGCAGGGGAAACGAAGACUCCCGUCUCACUUUGGUUGGUUAACAGAGCCAGGACUUUAUACUGGAAAAAUAGAUCCCUGGGAGGGAGAUAGUGACAGUGUAACUGUUGACUGCCAGCUGAUUAAUCCAUUAAAUCAGGAGAUACCAAAACAUGCUCUAGUGACAGAGUUCCAUGUGAUGCUGCUCUACCCUGACAGGGUUAAAGGUAGGAUUCAUAUUACCAUAAUUAGGGGAGAAAUGAAUUAUUUUUGGGCUUCAGCUCUGGAUCUCAUCUUAACAAAACAAGCGGAGAAACUUUUUGAUGAGAAAAGGUAUGUUGAGAGUGCUAUGCAUUAUGCUAAGACCAAAUCAUCCUUUGAGGAAGUUACUCUCAAGUUUAUGGGUGUAGAGGAGAAGAAUGCUCUGACGAACUAUUUGAAAAGGAAGCUGGAAGGAUUGAGACCGAGUGAGAAAACACAGAUAACACUGAUCGUCCUCUGGUUGAUCGAGAUCUAUCAGAACAAGCUUGGUUUACUACGUGAGAAGGAGGAGGGGAAGGAAAUGUACUUGUCGGAGCAGACCGAGUUCCUGGCCUUCCUUAGGCAGCCCAGGGUCGAGGAGUGCAUCAAGAACAACCGGGACACUGUGUACGGUCUUCUCGGUAGUCAUGGAGAUAUGGAGCACUUGAUCUUCCUUGCAGACGCUCUUCACGAUACAGAGAAGGUUGUGAUAUUUAACAUCAGGAACAAAGAGUUCGAGAAAGCUUUGAAUAUCCUGGUACGAAAUCAGUCCCCACAACUCUUCUACGAGUUCUGUCCAGUUCUACUCAAGGAGAUACCAACACAAACAGUUGAUGCAUUCAUUAAACUAGAUAAAAGACUUGAUGCUUCUAAAGUUCUUCCUUCGAUCAUGGUUACAACAGAAUCAAAGGACCCUAAAGUGAUAUGUGAGUGUAUUAGAUUCUUGGAGCAUAGUGUGAACAGUGUAGGUUGUGAAGAUGAAGCUCUUCAUAAUCUUCUUUUAUCUCUUUAUGUUUCACAACAACCUCAUAAGAUUAUACCCUAUAUUAUCUCUGCAGGUUCCCAGCCCCGAGUAGAUGUAAAGUAUGUACUAAAACUCUGCCUUGAUGCUGGACUUCAGGAGGAGGGAGUUUAUCUUCUUACACUUCUAGAUCAACAUCAGCAGUCCAUGGAGCUAGCUCUAACUAUUAAUAUAGAUUUAGCGGUGAAAUGUGCUGCUGGAGAGCUUUUUGGAUCAAAACUGAGUGAGGAUACCAGUAAAAAAUUAUGGUUGCGGGUAGCUCGGCAUGUAGUUCAAGAGAAGAAUGAUAUUAAACAGGCAAUGCAGUUUCUGACCCAGUGUCCUAGUGUCAAGAUUGAAGAUAUUCUUCCGUUCUUCCCCGACUUCGUAACCAUUGAUCAUUUCAAGUCUGCCAUCGUGGAGUCCCUCCAGGAGUAUAGCAAGCACAUCUCGGAUCUUAAGGAUGAAAUGAGCGAAGCGAGUUCAUCUGCGCAGGUUAUCCGAGACGAGAUUUCCCAGGCUAAAUCUAGAUAUCAAUUCAUCAGAGCUACGGACAGAUGUUCCACUUGUGGUGAUCUACUUCUCUCGCGGGAAUUUUAUCUAUUCUCCUGUAGCCACAGAUUCCACACGGACUGCCUUACAGAGACAGUUCUACCACAUCUAGGGCAAGCAAGACGGAGACGGGUUGGUGAACUUCAGGGUAUUCUAGCACAAUCACAGGAGGAAACAUCAAGCACUUUUUCAGGACAAACAAAACAGGAGAUGGCUUCUCAAGAGCUGGCGGAUAUAAUUGCAGGAGAAUGCUGUUUCUGUGGAGAAUUAAUGAUAAGAGAUAUAGAUACACCGUUUAUUGAGGAUCAAGUCUUUCAGCAAACUAUUAAUGACUGGCUUUAACCAAUCAAUGAAUCAAUUAAAUUCAGCAUUUUUUGAUAAAGUUGAUUCUUCAGAAAUUAUCAACAUUUUUGAUAAACUUUGUUUUGUUUAAUACUCAUAAUAAUAUUUGAAUUUGUAAUUUUUAUUUGUA